AUGGCUCUGUCAUUUCCCUUCACAGCUUCCAUGAAUUCGCUUAUAUCGUCUCAGGCGGAAGUCAGUGUGGAUGAAUUUGCAGACACAGACUCACUGGGCCAUCUGGCUCAUUCCCAGGCAGAAAUUGAGGAAGCAGAGACAAUUUAUUCCAUUAUUUCGGGCUACGAGGAUGCGGAGCGGGACUCCCGGUUCUUGUUCAUGGAGGACUUCAGCCAUAACUCCGGCAGUCCCGAUAAGUCUACCGAAGUGGCCAAACCUGAUAGAUCCACCGAAGGCCAGGGCACUUUUGACCACGAAACCACCAGUUCAUACGGAACGCCGCAUGCCUCUGUGCGUGAAAGCCAGCGUCCUUCGAUUUCCAGUGCUGAACUACUAGGAAGACUACGCAGUGUGGAAAUUGUCAGUAAUAGUGGAAGCGGAAGCAGAAGCAGCAAAGGCCGUUACAGCGGAUCGAGCAGGUCGCUGAGCUCAAGAGGCGGAUCUAGAGUCAGCUUCAGCACAAGAUCCAGAGAUUCCAGAGGCCUUAACAAUUUGACUGCUGGUAUAGAUUCAUCCUCGGGGCUCCCGGUCACGCUAUAUACGGUUCAAGACGCCGAACACCAGCCCAAUCGAUGGUCGCUUUUUGCUGGAAAUAAUGCUCCCCAGCUGAGCGUUCCUCCUGUUCCCGGCAGCCUGAGUUCGAAUUCUGCCAACGGAGUCCCCAAAGCUAUUCCUGAACCAGAAGCUGUGCAUCACGGACCAUUCGCUGGAGGCGACCAGCCCCACCAUAGUGUUGCCACAAUUUCCACAAGAGCUCUUCGAGAAUCAGGACAUUCCGUUUUUGGAGCAGAACAAAGCACUCCAUACGCUCUGGCACCUGUUCUGCCUCAAUCGUCCAGAGUCUCAGACAAGGAGGCUCAACGCACAGCUCACAACCACAUGUACGACGACUCGAGCGUCUACAACCACGAUAUCGAAAAAGGACCAUUUCUUCAGGACGACGAGCAGCUCACUGCCCAACCAUGGGCCAAAUGGGCUUUUCUCAUGAUCAUGGGCCUCGUCUGUGUGCCCAUCUACUUCCUUCUAGCCUUUGGCUUUUUCGAUUUCGGCGGCUACCACCACUACCUUCCCCGGGUGCCUUUUGGUCCCGUCAAUCGCCGCUACUUUGCAUGCUACACAUACUGGCAAAAGCUCUGGAGUUUUGUCAUUGGCUUGGUGUGGCUAUGCCUAGUAUUUGCAGCAAUCGCAAUAGCGUUCGGCCUACGAGCCCGCUUCCACUGA